AUGCAUUACGAGCUCUAUUCUUUUAUUUUUACUGUCUUCUGGACGCUUACAAUAGUUCAUGGACAAACUAGCAUCUGUUGGUCAAAUCCCUGUCGAUAUGGUGGUACAUGUCUGGAAAUAAAUGGCAAUACAGAUUACGUUUGUUAUUGUCCACCAAACCUUCCAGUAGGUGGUAAAAAUUGUGAUCAAGUGACUACAAUAACAACAACACUUCCAACAACUCCAGCAGCAGUAUCAUCAUGUUCAUCAAAUCCAUGUCUCAACGGUGCUACUUGCAGUAUAUCACCAUUCACUAAUUCAUAUUUUUGUACUUGUAAUGAUUUUACAUAUGGAACACGAUGCGAAAAUUUAAAUCGAUGCCUCACACACCCUUCACCUUGUCAAAAUAGUGGUGCAUGUGUUCCUGGUUUAAAUUCUGCUUAUUCUUGUUCAUGUACUCCACAAUAUACCGGAACUUAUUGUGAAACAUUCAUUCAACCAAUAUCUAUUUGUGCAUCAGCACCUUGUUUGAACGGGGGAACAUGUCUAGCAUUGAAUGAUAAUACAGUUUUCUAUUGUCAAUGUCCAGCCGGAUUUUCAGGUUCAAGAUGUGAGACAUCGAAUCCAUGCACCAGUUCUCCAUGUUUAAAUGGCGGUACUUGUACAGCAGUCAAUCUAUCAUAUCAAUGUACUUGUAGAAAUCCAUAUUAUGGUUCUCAAUGUCAAUAUCAAAAUAAUAUUUGUUCUCCAUCACCAUGUAGAAAUGGUGGCACUUGUUUGGAAAUUAAUAAUGCACCAUACUGUCAUUGUUUGUCAUCAUAUACAGGUGCAACAUGUGAACAAAUCAUAAGUAAAAGUGAUUCUUUAGAAAUCAAACUUAUGCUUCGAUUUAUAUCUAUAGAUAAUAAUAUGUGUAUUUCAACGCCCAAUAUCUGUCGAAACGGUGGAACAUGUCAAUCAGUUGGAUCCAACGAAUUUAGUUGUAAAUGUAUGCCUGGAUAUACAGGAGUAAAUUGUGAAACAGUUAUUACUGUUAAUUUAUGUUUACAAGCAAAUCCUGCAUGUUUAAAUGGGGGAGUAUGUCAACCAGUUGGAUCAAACGGAUUUCGUUGUGAAUGUGUGCCUGGAUAUACCGGAAUAAACUGUGAAACGGCUACUACUCCUAAUUUAUGUUUACAAGGAAAUCCUGCAUGUUUAAAUGGGGGAGUUUGUACUUUAUCUGGAAAUGCAUAUAGAUGUUCCUGUCCGACUGGUUUUACAGGUCAAUAUUGUGAAACUGCAGUAACAGCAAAUACUCCUUGCAAUCCUUCACCCUGCAGGAAUGGCGCAACAUGUCAACUAGUUGGAUCAAACGGAUUUCGUUGUCAAUGUAUGCCUGGAUAUACCGGAAUAAACUGUGAAACGGCUACUACUCCUAAUUUAUGUUUACAAGGAAAUCCUGCAUGUACAUGCGGUGUUUCGGGAAAUAGUUAUACUUGUACAUGUGCUCCUGGUUAUACAGGAAAUACAUGUGAAUUAGAUAUGCGACCAGCUGUUUGUGAACUAAAUUGUUCGCCGGGUUAUUGUUUUGCUAAUUCAGCUAGUCCAUCAGCUUUUGCUUGCUUUUGUCCGGAUAAUACAAUACAUUUGAAAACAUGUGCUCGUUGA